AUGCAACAUUUUUUCGGUGGACGAUUUGUCACGGAAUGGACUUUGCUCCUCUCUUAUGAGUUUUACUCUUGUUCUAAGGCUGGCGAUGCUGACUACGAUGCCAGAGGAACGUCCGGGAGUCUACCAAGUCCAUGGCCCAACUCCGACAAUUAUCAUGGCUACUACCACAGAGGGCCUCAGACAAGGUGGUUUUGCCUCGGUCUCCGUGUCAUCCAUGUACUUGGUCUGGCUUGGCUCACUGUAGACGUCUUCUCAUAA